AUGGUUAUAUUUGCACAGGUCAGCAAUUCGCCGUCCUCAAGAGGAAUUCCUCAUUUGCUCUUUUUUCUUUCGCACCUCGCUGACAGAUUGUUCGCUUACUGUUACUACGGCUACAUGGGAGUAGCCACAGCUGUUGCGGGCAACAUUUUCUAUCAAUAUCGCCCGAGCGAGAUUUCUUGCGACUUGGGCGAGGUCUCUGAAGAAUACGCUCUUUUUGCCUCGCAGAAUUUAACCGGUGAAGAUGCUCUUUGUAAAUAUUAUCAACCAACCGGCUGUGCUGCUGGAAAUGGAAAUGUAUCGACUUGGGAUGAGGACACUUUGGAGGAGUGUUUUGCAGAAAAAGAGCUUGCUGAAUGCACCAGUUUCAAAUACGCCGAUCAUAAUUUUAAUAAAACACUUGUCUCAGAAUAUAAUUUGGUUUGUGGCAAGAAAACGAUGCCGCUAAUCUUCAUCAUGUUAUUCAACGUCGGACUUAUGGUCGGCCCGAUCGUCGCUGGAAAAGUAUCGGAUAAACUUGGACGAACGAAAACGAUAUCCUUCGGUGCUUUGGCUUGUGUUUCGUUAAAUUUGCUUAUUGGAAUCACUGACGUAGGCGCGUGGGGAUACGGUCUUUUGAGGAUCUUUACCGUCAUUUGCUCGUUGGUGCUUGCUCUGCCCUCGAUGGUCUAUCCUUCAGAAGUUCUCACGCCGAAGUACCGAUCAAUGGGAGCAAUGCUGGUGGUCGCCACUGCUCUCGGCGCUGGAAUCUUGAUCGUUGUGGCGAUCGCCUGGUUCAUUCGAGACUGGAGAACGCUUCAUAUCUUCUCAUCCCUCGUGAACGUCCCUUCUAUUUUCGCGCCUUUGAUCAUGCCCGAAAGUUACCGAUGGCUCUACCAGAACAAGAGAUUUGAUGAAGCAGAAAAGGCGCUUAUGCACAUGUCGGCAAAAACCGGCGGAAACGUCACGCAGGAGAUCUUAAAUGAAAUCAAGGAAGAAAUCCAAAAGAAAGAAAAAGAAGAGGGCGACGUGGAAAUAACAGUAGAAGAAACGCUGAGCCAAAAUGCUCAAGUCAAAAGGACAACUCUGACGCUGACAUUCUGCCAGUUCAUCCGAGGGCUGAUCCAGUUUUACCUGCUUUACACCGUCGCUAGUCUCGGCGGAGAUUUCUGGGUCAAUAACAUUAUCAACAAUAUCAUCGGAUUUCCCGCAUGCUUUGUCUGUAUCUGGAUGAUGAACACCCGCGCUUUUGGUCGAAAAGGAGCAUUUAUUUUCGGACUCGCCUGUUGCUCGAUUUCCCAGCUUCUUCGACUCGGAUCACUGCUCAUUGACAGUACUUUGUGCGCGAUGAUAGCUUCCUAUCUUGGCCUCUUCGGAGCCAUGGGAUCAAUGGCGGUUGGACAAGCCUACACUUCAGAGCUCUUCCCGACAACUGUUAGAAUCAAAGCAACGGCGGUUAUCUACACUGGUGCGAUGGGUGGCUCCUUUUUGGUUCCAAUUUGGAUGGUCUUCGAUAAUUUCAUCCCCUGGCUGGCCACUUCGCUCAAUUUUGCUCUCAUGAGCAUUGGAGCAUUUAUGUGCUUCAAACUCCCAGAAACAUUCGGCAAUCCAAUGACAGAAACCAUCGCCGAUUUUGAGAAGAUUUACGAAAACAAAACGCACCCACUCGACGAGCCAGACUCUGAAGAACUGCUUCUCAAAAAACCCGACAGCCCACCACUAAAUUAG